CAGGAUCUCUUCCGGUGGGCCCACGUGUGCACGCGACGCGUGGCGCCCUUUCCUCUGGCGUUUGCUUUGGGCUCUUACGGCUCGGCCCAGGCGGUACAGGCCUCCGCAGUCCGCAGUGGGCGGCAAGCCCAGGUCUCAGCGCAUCAGCGCCCGGAGCGCACCCAGUCAUGCAGCUCUGCUUCCUCUCGGCGAGGACAGGCCCGGCCCCCAGAGCCAGUCUUCAGGCAGCGACCCCGACCAUCCAAGCCCGGCCCUCCACCCUCAGGGAUCCCAAUCCCCCUGGACCCACCUGCUGCAUUAACCCUUCCUUUCUGGGCUGGAGGAGCCACCUUCCUGUCUGUCAUAUCCAAGUGUGUGUUUUUGUUUGUUUUGAGACAGGAUCUCAAUAAGUUGCCAAGGCUGGUCUCCAACUUGCAGUCCUGCCUCAGCCUCCCGAGUCGCUGGGAUUACAGGCAUGGACCACUGUUCCUGGCACACCUGUAUUUGAUUGAACUGUUUGCACUUUCUUGGAAGCUCCCUGGACUCCUUCCAUCCAGGUCCCCCUUGGUUGUUCCAAAAAGACCGUCCAAAACAAGAAUGCCAUCUCCACUGGGGUCCCCACACCGGCCCCUCAGUAACCCUGAGACCACCCUUGAGGAGCCUGAGGCUGCACGGCUGCGAUUCCGGGGAUUCUGCUACAAGGAGGUGGCAGGGCCCCGAGAGGCCCUGACCCGGCUGAGAGAGCUGUGUCGCCGGUGGCUGCGGCCUGAGUCAUGUUCCAAGGAGCAGAUGCUAGAGCUGCUGGUGCUGGAGCAGUUUGUGGGCACACUGCCCGCUGAGAUCCAGGCCUGGGUGCAAGGGCAGCGGCCAGGCAGCCCUGAGGAAGCUGCAGCUCUGGUUGAAGGGCUACAGCACGACCCUGGGCAGCUGUUAGGCUGGAUCACAGCCCACAUCCUGAAGCCAGAGGUGCUUCCUGCAGCCCAGAAGACAAAGGAGUCCUCAGUGACCCCCCACCCCUCGGGAACAGUGGAGUUUUCUGGGGCAGCUCUUGGAGAGGGUCCACCUGAUGCCAGGACGGAAGGGUCUACCCUGCUCAGCUGCAGUGUGAAGGAGGAGCCAAGUGCUGAUGGGCAGGCACCUCCCAGCCCACUACUUCCAACCCAGUCUCCCAAGGGGCAUCUUAGACACCAGGAAACAGCCUCCACUUCCUUCCACCCACCCAGGACUCAGGAGGAGUGGGGGCUGCUGCACCCGUCGCAGAAGGAGCUGUACUGGGACGCGAUGCUGGAGAAGUACGGGACGGUGGUCUCGCUGGCAGGGCUACCACCCCCACGGGCUGAAGAGCGGGCUGAAUCCAAGUCAGAGCCCAGCCUGGAGCCAGAACUGGGGACACCACACUCAGGACCCGAGGUUGGUGAGAGUCGCAGUCCAGGUGAGCACAGCCUGAGCCUCCCAGGAGUAGGAGCUGAGGUUGCUGCACCUGGGCACAGCCAGGUCUGUACGUCCCCGCCACCAGGACUGCCGUGCACCCCAGCACAGCCCAAGCCCUACGUGUGCCAGCAGUGUGGCCGAGGCUUUGACUGGAAGUCUGUGUUCGUCAUCCACCACCGCUCUCACACGGGAGGCCCCUGUCCUGAGAGGCCGCCACAGGCGCCCCGGGAGCCGGUUGCACGUCCCCCGCGGCGCCUGCUUGGUCCACGGAGUUACACCUGCGAGGAGUGUGGGCGCAGCUUCAGCUGGAAGUCACAGCUGGUCAUUCACCGGAAAAGCCACGCUGGCCAGCGGCGCCACUUUUGUAGUGACUGUGGCCGCAGCUUUGACUGGAAGUCCCAGCUGGUCAUCCACAGAAAGAGUCACCGACCUGAGGCCCCUUGAACAGGAGGACUGUCCUCCUUGGGGGGCCUGAGGGUCUCUAGGCCUGGAUACAGCACCCUGGCGAAACUCUGGACCACAAGGCCACCUAGGAGUAAGGAGAAGCUGCUCUGUCCCUCCUGCCCUGCCUUCUCCGGGAGACCUGGGUUGAAAUCCAAGCUGAGUGGGUCUCUGCACCUGUGAUGGGCAAGCUCAGGUCACUCCCUACUUCAGGAGCCUCUUGCUCAAAACCUGCCUUGCUGCCCCUCCUUGCAGUGGCUGAACUAGAAGUCUCUGUGGAAGGUGGCAGGUAGCCCAGAAAAGCACAGUGGGCUUCUGUCCUGCAUGUGAGACCCUGGACCUCCAUGUGCACGUUACAUCUUCAGCACAAAGUAUACUUUUUUAAUGGGUAAGUUUCUGAAUAAGAAUCCAGACUUCUCACUUCUACUGGUCAGAGAAUCACAAUUUGCCUGGCAGCUGGAGGCCAGGGCACUGAUCCCAGAAUUGCCAACCCUACAGUCACAAUCCCAGGUCCCCCAGCCUACUUUCGUCCUUGGCCACCCAUGUCACUCACCAGCCUUUGAGCUCUUGAGCCUAGGCUUGGGUAGACAGAGGACGUCCUUUGAGAGUAUAGAUGGACAAGGGUGAUCUCUGAGGCCAUGCAAAACCCCAAGCCAGGGCUGCAUCCCUACAUGCUUAGUGGGUCACGCAGCGGAAGGGCAAAGCUGCCAGGAGAUCCGUCUGGCACCCAGGACUUGCAGCAUCAGCUUCCCAGCCCCUGCUCCUACGAACUUCAGAGAUUUGAAACAACAUAGACUUACUCUUAUGGCUUUUAAGGUCGUACCUCUGAAACGUGCCUCAGUGGACUAAAUCAAGGUAUCAAGAGGGCUGCUUGUCCCUCCUGUAGAAUCUAGGAGAGGAUCCAGCUUCUAGAGGCCACCUGAAUUCCUUUGGUCAUGGCCCGCUCCUCCAUUCUCAGGGCCAGCAAUGACCAGUCAAGUCUUUUCACACUGCAGCACCGACACUCUUGUGCCCAUCUUCCACUUAUAAGGAGGACCUUUGUGAUGACUUUGGGCCCACCUGGAUACUUUAAUCUCCCAAUUCAAGGUCAUAUGAUGGAACAUGGGUUGUCUUUUUUUUUUUCCUUUCUUUCUUUUUUUUGGGGGGCGGGGUGUACUGGGGAUUGAACCCAGGGGCACUUAACCACUAAGCAACAUCCCCAGCC